CAGUGCACUCUGCCAGCUGAGGGCUCUCUGUUCAGCUGCCUCCCUCUAAACUGUUGGCGAGGUGGCAGACAUACACAUACACACACACAUACACUCCUACACACAACGUUUUCUGUGUGUUUGCUCCACGUGCUCGGAUGGACAGCGCAAGGAAAGCGUACGAUUUGGAGGAAGUGGAGAUUGACUUGGAGGAAUCCAGUGACACGAGUGAAUAUGACAAUGAGGAGGAACCUCAGACGCUGUGGAGGGCCAAUCCCUCUCUGGACGAGGAGGAGGACAUUCAUACGUCUACGCUGGUGGAAAUCAGUGACACAAAGCCUCUGAUUAAUGUCAGGGAUCCACGUGGUAUCAACGACUGCCUCAAGGUGUCAUUCGAAGACGUGAUUGCUGAGCCAGUGUCGGUGCGCAGCGGGGACAGAGUAUGGAUCUGGAGCCACGCUCUGUUUGAGGUGUCCAGAGUUUGGAUUUACAGGAUAGUUACCGUGCUUCUGGCCAUUCCCAUGUCGCUCAUCUCUGGUCUGCUCUUUGCCAUCCUCAGCUGCCUCCACAUCUGGAUCGUCGGCCCUUGUAUCCAGUGUCUCUACAUGGGCACCAGAUGGCUGCAGGCUCUCUGGAGCAUUGUGCUGGGCGUCGUCGUGCGCCCGCUCUUCACAAGCGCCGGGAAAUGCUGUGGAGGCUUCAGCAUUCACCUGGCCAAAGAAUGACGCUCACGUGUGUGUGAGUGUCAGCGGUGCACGGACUGAGCCCAGCAGGGGCGUUUCUAGACUUUCAUACACAAUCACAAUAAAAUAUGUUCCAUUUUAAAACAGUU